GUAGGUAUUACAGAGUCAACAUUUUUGGGUUGAAGAAAUUGAUUAUACAAGAGUCAGGAUUUUGGAUCCAGUCGAAGCGUAGAUGGCGCUGUUCAAACACAUCUUUAAUCGCCUCGUUGAGAUCUCCGAAAGGGUUUACGUUUUUGAUUCCUGCUUCUCUAGUGAAGUACUGGAAGAAGAUGAAUACAAGAUGUACAUGGGUGGCAUUGUUGCAGAACUCCAAGACUACUACUAUCCUGAUUCAUCGUUCAUGGUUUUCAACUUUAGAGAAGGUGACAAAAGGACCCAAAUUUCAGACAUAUUAUCUCAAUACGACAUGAUAGUAAUUGAGUACCCUAGACAAUAUGGAGGGUGCCCAAUGUUACCAUUAGAAAUGAUUAAUCGCUUUCUUCAAUCCUGUGAAAUUUGGUUAUCAUUAGCAGAACAAAAUGUGCUCUUAAUGCACUGUGAAAGAGGAGGGUGGCCUAUUCUUGCUGUUAUGCUUGCAGCUCUUCUUCUAUUUCGCAAACAAUACAAUGGUGAACAGAAGACUCUUGAUAUGGUAUACAAACAAGCCCCUAAAGAGCUUCUUCAUCUUUUAACACCUUUAAAUCCUCAGCCUUCACAGCUGAGGUAUCUUCAGUAUAUAUCAAGGAGCAAUUUGGGUUUUGAUUGGCGGCCUGCAGACACACCAUUAGCUUUGGAUUGUAUCAUACUUCGUGUCCUUCCGAUUUUUGGUAAAAAGGGUUGUCGACCUGUUGUUCGUGUAUAUGGUCAAGAUUCAUCUUCAACAACAGCUAAUAGAAGUUCUAAGCUUUUGUUUUCAUCUUCAAAAAUCAAAAAACAAGCGCGUUAUUAUCAACCAGAAGAGUGUGAGCUUGUGAAGAUAGAUAUUCAUCAUCGUGUACAAGGUGAUGUUGUUCUUGAAUGCAUACAUUUGGAUCAUGUAAGAGAGGAAAUGAUGUUUAGAGUAAUGUUCCAUACAACGUUUAUACGAGGUAAUGUGCUUAUGUUGAAUCGCGAUGAAGUUGAUGUUAUGUGGGAUUCAAGAGACCAGAUGCCCAAGAACUUUAAAGCAGAGGUAAUUUUUUCGGAUGCUGAUGCUCUAUCAUCUAUGAUCAACACGGAAGGAGAAUUUGAAGAUGGGAAUGAGACAGAAAGUCCUUCACCUGAAGAAUUUUAUGAUGCGGAAGAGUUUUUUAGUAAUCUAGUUGAUGGGGCAGAUGUAAAAGGGGAAUCUCCUCCACCGCGACCCCCACCCCCACCUUCAAUGUAUACAACUUCAUCUCCUAGUUAUACUGCCCCAUUACCGCCACCACCACCGUCCAUGUAUGGAGCUCCACCUCCACCUCCGCCACCACCGCCCCCACCUCCACCCCUACCCCCAAUGUAUGGAAGAGCCCCACCUCCACCACCACCUUUCUUACAAGGUACUGCACCACCACCACCUCCUCCUCCAAAGUAUGAUUCCCCAUCACCACCACAGCCACCCCUAUCUCCUUCGCGAAGUGCUCCAUUCCUACAUCCUCCUCCACCACCUCCCCCUAUGGAUGACAUAUGGAACUCCAUCUCCACCGCUUUAUGCAACACGUGGACCUCCACCCCCACCUCCAUCUCUACCACCAACCCAUUGAGUCCCUACCCCACCUCCUCCUCCAAUGCGUGGACCCCCGCCACCCCCACCUCCACCAUCAAUGCAUGGAAACCUACCUCUACGUCCUCCACCUCCAUUCCAAGGAGCACCACCUCCUCCUCCUCCACUAAUGAUUGGUGGUGGUGUACCACACUACCUCCACCAAUGCGGAGACCACCGUCUCCACCACCUCCACCUAGGCCACCACAUCUACCCCUUCCACCUGGAGGCCGUGCGUUUGAACCAACACCUCCACCCCUUCCACCUGGAGGCCAUGCGCCUGGACCACCACCUCCACCCCUUCCACCUGGAGGUCGUGCAAUUGGACCACCAAGACCUCCAGGAGUUGGGCCACAACCAUCUUCACCCCCAACUCCAAGGUAUAUAGCUUCAUCUCCUAAUUAUAGUGCCCCAUUAUCGCCACCACCACCGCCCAGGUAUGGAGCUCCUCCUCCGCCACCCCCGCCCCCACUUCCACUCCCACCCCUACCCCCAAUGUAUGGAAGAGCCCCACCUCCAUCUCCACCUCAACCACCACCUUUCUUACGAGGUACUGCACCUUUCUUAGGGGAGUUCACGACUUUUUUAAGCACUAGCACUGGUCCUGUCACGAGGUCUAGAUCUCGGGUCAUAACAAAUUUGGUAUCAGAGCCGCUCGUGAUGUCGACACAACAGGAAGAGUUGAUGAAGAAAUUGGAAGCGUUCAUGAUCCAGCAAACGCAAAGCAACAAUGAUUUGAAGACAAGUACCAAUGAUUUAAAGGCGACUAUAGCAGUCUUGCAGGCCAAGCAAGCAGCGAUGGAAGAGAGAUUGCAAACCCUAACCCAAAACAAAUCCAACAGACAAGAAGAAGAAGAUGAAAGCGUGGACAACAUGUUCGAGUCUGAUAGAUUUGAUGACCCCUCGGAACAGGUGCGUGGAAGAGGACGUGGCGCCACCUUUGGUGCCAAUCCAAACAGUAAGUUUUUGUACCAAGGAGGCUUUACUGGAAGAGGUAAGGGUGUGAUCCAGGAAGGAGCAGGAAGAGGAUCAAGCAAGGCUUUUGAAUCAUGGCGGACAGAUGAACACCAAUCUUUCAAACACCAUUGGGACUCCCUCAAACCAAAAGGGUCAAACAUAAUGGAUCAGGGGGCACCAAAAAACUGGGAAAAGACGGAAGAUAUGGGAUACGGUGGGGGAAGAGUACCGAGAUUCGCCAAGAUGGAGUUUCCCACCUAUGAUGGGAAGGGUAAUCCAGUCGAAUGGCUUCAAAGAUGUGAAGACUUCUUUGAAGAACAACAGACCCCUACUGAAGCUUGGGUUAGGCAGGCCACCUUUUCACUACAAGGUCGGGCUAGUGGGUGGUACCAUAACCUGCGAAGAAUGAAGACCCGCUUGAAUUGGUUUGAGUUCUCAGAAGAGUGCAAAAUCAAAUUUGGACCCCCGAUGAACAUGAACCCGUUAGGCGAGUUAACUCGAUUAAGGCAAACAGGUACAGUAGAGGACUAUUGUGAAGGCUUUGAGUUGCUGCUAGGGCGAACGACGGGUGUGACUCCGGAGCAAAGCAUUUGGCAUUUUUGUGCAGGUUUGACUAAUGCUAUCCGUCAUGAAGUAGAGUUUGCUAGACCCAUCACACUAUACUAUGCUAUGAACCUAGCCAGAAAGAUUGAGUUCAAACUCGCGGAGGAGGGACGACCAAGGAGUUUUGGAGCACCACUGGGAAUCAACCCUCGGCAGGAAGCAAAAACCAAGAAUCAGCAGGUGGUGGAGACGGAACAGUGAAAUCUGAAGUGCGGAACCCGGCUUUGAAACGGCUUACGGCUACAGAGAUGGCAGAAAGGCGAGCAAAAGGAUUAUGCUACAGAGAUGGUGCGCCUUCUUUUUAUGGAUAAUAAAAACCAUAUUUAAUGCAUUUUUUAUUGAUUCUUUCCUCAUGUGCUAACGACGAUGAGAAUGAGGCUAAAUGUGUUAUCAGUUAUCAUCAGUCGCCAUAAAUAUUUUUUUAGUUUUUUUUUUCACAUUUGUUGCUAAACAAAGUUGAUGCUAUGAUCUACUCUUGUUGUAUUUUCGCCAGGAACGUUUUUAUGGGUGAUGUUAUUAAAAAGUUACAUCUUUUUUUGAAUUGAAAAUACUAGUAAAUUUAAUCUUGAAAUAUCAUCCAUCAAAAAUUCGUCAUAUAAAAUUAUUAUGUCAUUUGCUCAUUAUUGAUACUCAAUUAGCAAAUUCUUCCAAAACAAAUACAACUUUUGAUAAUAUUAUUUUACCAACAUGUUCAAGCGUUAUUAUAAUACAACGAACACUCUUUAAAGGAUCACUACAUCCCGAUUUAUGGCUAUAGAUUAACGAAAUGAGGUGUUACAUUGAGCAAGUGACAUGUACAACUCUCACACACCAUACUUCAUUUUGUUCCACUUAAUGUUUGGAUCAUGCACCUUGUACUCUACACUCACUACUUCGAGCUCAGUUUCAUCUUCAUGUGUUCAUGCUCUUCUUUGUAGACAUCAUCAACUC